AUGAAUUAAUAAGGAAGUAAAUCUCAAGUUGAUGAGUAGAAGUAACGCUUAUAAUCUAUAAUAAAAUAAACAACAAAAUCAUAAAUAAUUACAUCAAAACCUGCUAAAGAAUAAAUAGUAAUAUUAAAUGAAGAAAUUAAUAAAAUAGAUAAUGAUAAAAAUCUUACAAAUGAUUAAAAACAAUACUAUAAGAAUGAAUAUCAGUAAAAACUAUUAACAAAAUUAAGAGAGUCAGGUGAUGCAAAAUCAAUUCCUCAUAUCAAUUAGAAUAUUGAAAUUUCAAAUCCUGAUCUGCUGUUUUAUGUUUUAAAAGAAUCCUUAUUAAGAGAUUAAAAUAGAGAGUUAUUGAAAAUUAAUUCAAUUUAUUCAGCUGGAUUUGAUUCAAUUAUAAGAGUAUUUGGCUAAGAUUAAUCUUUUAUUAAAGUUAGAAACACAAAUCUUGAUUAUGAUAAAAUAGUUAAUAAUGAGUAAUUAUUAGAACAAACUUUGAUAGAAUUUAAGGGAAAACUAUCAACCUCACUUAAAAUUCCAUUUGAUUAAAUUGAAAUAUUAGGAGUAUCAAAGGGAAGCUUUGAAAUUAGUUUUUAAAUUAAGGGAAAAACUAUUGAAGAAAUUUAAUUAGAAAUUUAAAAUAAUCCAAAUGCAUAAACCUUUUUAAAUGAAUAUUGCAAUGGAAUAAUAGAAUAUCUAGCAUAUUUUGAUUUAGCAAAAGCGAAUAGUAGAUCAAAAGUAGCUAUAUCUUUAAAUGAUUUCAACCCUCAAUACAAUAUGACUUGGGAAGGCUUUAAGGAGAAAGAAUAAAGAGGACCUUUUAAUAAUAGAUACGAUUAUUAUUUCCCAAAAGGUUGUUUUGGGUUUGGGUUAAAUGUUAAAAAAUAUGGAGACAAUUAAGAUUGGAUAUAAAUGAAUGGCAAUCCUAAUGAAUGGAGAAUUAUGUAUCAUGGUACCAAAAAUUAUGCUGUUAAUUCAAUUAUUUAAAAUAAUUUAAUACCUGGUUAAGGUAAUGCUUGUGCUUUGAAUGAUUGUAUAGAUGAAUUUGGAAAAACAGUGAAAGUAGGAAAUGGAAUUUAUUUCUCAAAUGAUUAUAAUGUCUGUAUAAAGGAUGGAUAUGCUAAUUACGUUUAAGUUUGUAAUAAAUAAUUUGCUCCAAUCCUUAUGUCGAGAGUAAAUCCAAAAAAAAUAAGACAGGGAGGAGAUUAUAUGAUCAAAAAAUAAUAUUUUGUAGUUAAUAAUUCAAUAGAUGUUAGACCAUAUAGAAUUCUAUUACAUGAAAAAAAAUAAUGA